UGGGCAAUGGCAAACGUGCCGUUUGGUUUCCCUUCCAGUUAUAUUACAGUUCAAUGGUUUUCCGUCGACCUCAUUUCACCGUCAUCGCUUUUAGAACCUUUUUAACCUGGACAACAUGGCUGCACCGGCCGGUCGUUACUACAGCGAGGGAGGCAGGGCAACUAAAAGACAGAAAACCGAAAAUAACGACGGAGGAAUGGCUACGGAGGGCUAUGAGGAUCCGCAUAAGACGCUGCCCUCCCCUGUGGUGCAUGUACGGGGGCUUGUGGAUGGCAUUACUGAGGCUGACCUGGUUGAGGCGCUACAGGAAUUUGGGACGAUCAGCUAUGUAGUUGUGAUGCCAAAAAAGCGGCAGGCUCUGGUGGAGUAUGAAGACAUGAAUGGUUCCUGCAGUGCGGUGAAUUAUGCCUCAGACAAUCAGAUCUACAUUGCUGGACACCCUGCUUUCGUCAACUACUCCACUAGCCAGAAGAUAUCUCGUCCUGGAGACCCUGAUGACUCCCGGAGUGUCAACAAUGUGCUACUCCUCACAAUCAUGAAUCCCAUCUACCCUAUCACCACGGAUGUGCUGUACACCAUCUGUAACAACUGUGGUCCUGUCCAAAGGAUUGUCAUCUUCAGGAAGAAUGGUGUGCAGGCCAUGGUUGAAUUUGACUCCGUGCAGAGUGCGCAGAGAGCCAAGGCCUCUCUUAAUGGAGCUGAUAUCUACUCUGGUUGCUGCACCCUGAAGAUCGAGUAUGCCAAGCCGACACGUCUAAAUGUCUUCAAGAAUGACCAGGACACCUGGGACUACACCAAUCCGAACCUGAGUAACCAAGAUGCAGAAGGAGAUGGCAGUUGGAGCAAUACACAAGACCUGAAUGCCAACCCAAACAAGCGGCAGAGACAGCCAGCACUACUGGGAGACCACCCUCCAGAAUAUGCUGGCCCACAAGGUGGUUACCAUGGACACUACCAUGAUGAGAGCUAUGGCCCGCCGCCCCCACCCCACUACGAGGGGCGUCGCAUGGGUCCCCCAAUGGGAGGGCCCCGUCGUGGAGGUCCUAACCAGCGUUAUGGGGGCCCUCAGUAUGGCCAUGCCCCACCCCCUGACUAUAGCCCCCAUGCUGACUCCCCUGUUGUUAUGGUGUAUGGCCUGGAUCCCGUCAAGAUCAACGCUGACCGUGUCUUCAACAUCUUCUGCCUCUAUGGCAAUGUGGAGAGGGUGAAGUUCAUGAAGAGCAAGCCGGGUGCAGCCAUGGUAGAAAUGGGUGACUGCUAUGCUGUGGACCGUGCCAUCACUCACCUCAACAACAGCUUUCUGUUUGGACAGAAACUCAACGUUUGUGUGUCAAAGCAGCAGGCAAUCAUGCCGGGUCAGUCGUAUGAGCUGGAGGAUGGCAGUAGCAGCUUUAAGGACUUCCAUGGGACCCGAAACAACCGAUUCACUUCUCCGGAGCAGGCAGCAAAGAAUCGCAUCCAGCACCCGAGCAAUGUCCUGCACUUCUUCAAUGGGCAGCCUGAUGUUUCUGUGGAGAUAUUCACACAGAUCUGCGAGGAGCUGGGAGUGAAGAGUCCCUCCAACAUUAAGCUCUUCACAGGAAAGAGCGGGGGUCCUGGUGAGCGCAGCUCGUCUGGACUGUUGGAGUGGGAGUCCAUUAACGAUGCCAUGGAGGCACUGGCCAUGAUGAACCACUUCCAGAUGAAGAACCCCAAUGGUCCAUACCCAUACACGCUGAAGCUCUGCUUCUCCACCGCCCAGCAUGCCAACUGAAACUUACCCCUGGAUAUCAGCCGACUGCCAACCGCCUCCCCCCACCCCACCCCACACACACUUACGCACACACGCACACACACACAUCCCUUCCCACUCGCACCUCGUUUCUGUGCAGUCUUGAGUUGUCUUUAUUCUUUAGUAUGCAACUGUGGCAGGAUGGGAGGGUGUGAGACACUGACACAGAAGACGAUGUUUUACUGAAGAAAGAAGAGGAAAUGCUUUUGUACCAGUAUUUUUUUUAAUGUUUUGUUUUCAAUUUAAAAUUGUUCAGCUGUCAUCAGCUUUAGGACUACAUCAGCUUUAAUAGGAAGUGUAGUUUGUCUUUAGGUUCUGAAAUAAAUAAAAAAUAAUUUGAUGACAAUAAUUUGGUGGUUCAGUAUGGAAGUCGUAUAAUGUUUUGGAAUUUUUGCGUCAUCUAGUGAUCUCGGCAUAACAAAGGUUGUUUUCUUGUGAUCACAACUUAUUUAUCUCAUGAUCUUGACAUAAAAUCUGAAUUGCUGCACUGUGA